GUCAGUAAAAAUAAAAACACAUCUCUAAACUGUGGUAAAAAAGUCAGUAAAAAAGUAAUUUAUAGUCAGUAUUGUAUUAUUCAGUAACCUGGUCCGUUUCAUAGAAAAAUGAAAAGUUUAUAAAGAGUUGAAUAUUAUGUCUUUAAAGGGAAAAAAACGAGAAUUAGAUGACUCUAAUGAUUGGGGAGGUUAUAUGCAAGCAAAAAUUCGCAAGUUGGAUAAACAAUUUGAUUUUAUUAAAACUCAAAAAAAUGAUAACAGUUCUCUAAAUGGUCUUUUUAAGAAUGUUGUGAUAUUUGUCAAUGGAUAUACAGAACCCAGUUCUGAUGAACUGAAACAGUUAAUGAAGAGAUAUGGUGGUGGCUUUCAACAUUACUAUUCUAGAUCAAAGUGUACUCAUAUUAUUGCUACUAACCUACCAAACAGCAAAAUAAAGGAACUAAGAGGUGAAAAGGUUGUUCAUCCUGACUGGAUAUUGGACAGUAUUAAAGCUAAAAAAUUACUAGCCUAUCAUAAAUAUCUUCUAUAUGGAGCUGGAAAGGAUUAUGGAGAAAUUUUAAGCAAGUUCGAUAAACCUUUGCCCCAUUCAGUAUGUUCAGUUGCACAUGAGAAUCAUGCAAGUGUAACUGACACAAUAACUUCAGACAGUCGUGAGAAGAAUGAAGAAUCAGAAUCUAGUGUUUCUGGUUUAUAUCAGGUGGACAGUAAACAAACUACUUCCAAUGAGAAUUCUGAUGUGCUCAGAUCAAGUCUGAAAAGUGAUGAUAAAUCAUUGCUGGAAUAUGCCGUGGAAAGCAAGGAAAAGUGUUAUCAAAGUUCUUCUGGUUUAGUUAAUGAUAAGAAGACAGCACAACGUAAUUUAAAGAAGGGAUCCAUUCCUAAAGCUGGAGAUGCCAACUUUGUCACAGAUUACUACACUAAUUCUCGCUUGCAUUAUCUUUCCACAUGGGGCGUCGAAUUUCGGGAUUUUAUUAACAGUUUGAUCCAAACAACGGAGUUAAAGACUCGUAAAAAAUCACUACCAAAAACAAGUUUAGAAAAACGUGUUAUAAUGCACAUUGAUAUGGAUUCAUUCUUUGUAUCUGUUGCUUUACGAACCAGGCCAGAGCUACGAGGAAAGCCUGUCGCUGUUUGCCAUUCUGGUAGGAGUAAUGAUCCAGAUAACUCUCAUUCCUCAUCGACGUAUUCUUCAACUUCCGAAAUUGCAUCAUGUAGUUAUGAAGCAAGAGCUGUUGGUGUGAAAAACGGCAUGUGGUUAGGAAAUGCUCGAAAGUUGUGUCCAAAUCUUAUCUGUGUUCCAUAUCAAUUUGAAGAUUAUCGUCAAGUUUCACAACAGUUUUAUGAAAUUCUUGCUAGCCAUACUCAUGAAAUACAGGCUGUAAGUUGCGACGAGGCUUUUGUUGAUCUCACAAAUUACAUUGAAUCAGAAUGUCUCCCAGUAAUGAAAGUUGUGCAGAAUAUUCGUGAGGAAAUAAAGAAGAAAACCAACUGUCCAGCGUCCGCUGGUCUUGCCUCUAAUAUAUUGCUGGCUCGAAUGUCUACUAAAGUAGCAAAACCCAACGGGCAGUUUCAUUUACAAGAUAAUGAUAUUGCUGAGUUUAUUGGUAAGCAGGAAGUUGCGGAUCUACCAGGUGUUGGACACGCUCUUAAUAAGAAGUUAAAAUAUCUAAAUGUCAUCACUUGUACUGAACUACAAAGUAUUACCAUGUCUGUCUUGCGACGUGAGUUUGGGCAAAAAACGGGGGAGAUGCUUUAUAAAUAUUCCCGGGGCCAAGACGACCGACAGCUGAAAGUUGAGCGUGAAAGAAAAUCAGUUUCUGCAGAAAUCAAUUACGCAAUCAGAUUUUUAGAGGAGUCUGAACCAGAAAAAUUCAUCCAUGAUUUGUCAAACGAGGUUCAGAGAAGAUUGAAAUCAGCUGGUUUAAAAGGAAAGCAAGUAACAAUAAAAUUACGCGUACGGCAAAAAGAUGCUCCUGUUAACCCAACAAAAUUUAUGGGCUGCGGCCGAUGCGACAAUAUAUCGCGAUCAACAAAUUUGAAUUACUUCACUGACGAUGAAUCUCUUAUCGCAAGAGAAUGCAUAUCGAUGUUAAAAACUCUAGCUCUGUCUGUUUCUGAUAUUCGCGGAAUGGGGAUUCAAAUAUGCAAACUUUCUGACGAUGUUAGGAAACAAUCCACAAUGCCCAAAACAUUGCAUUGCUUUAUGAAUCCUAGGAAAGAGUCUUCUUCUAGGAAUGAAACAAGGACGGGGACGAAUAUGACUUCAGACAAAAAUGAUAAUACUCUUGAUUCAGCUCUCGAAAGUGGUUUUGAACAAAAAGAGAGUUUGAACACGCCGCAACAAACUCCGUGUGAAGAGAUUCAGUGUGAGAGAGAAACGUUUGAAGAAUUCAGGUUAAAAUUGAGUGAUAAUGAAGAUGAAUGUGAACAACACGAACUAAAUAAAUUACCAUUGUUACCUGGCUUACCAGUAUUCUCACCAAAACGCGUCUCAUCAUCAAAAAGGAAAUCUUCCUUGCCUCAAGCCACUUCGCGGUCAAAAUGCUCUGCCAAUCUUAGCAAACGUUCGCCUAAUAAAUCUCCUUUUAAAUCACUAAAAAAAUCCCCCGAAAAAAGCGGUUUUCAGAGCUUCAAAGAAAGUGGUGUAAUUGGUUCAUUAGCUUUGCCAUCGCCUUCACAAAUUGAUCCAGCCGUUUUUGCCGCUCUGCCGGAAGAGAUAAAGAAGGAUAUCCAGACUUUUUACCAACAACGAAACCAAAAAUUUGAGAUGAAUGCUGCUGAAGAGGUGCCUUUUAAAACCCAAGAUGCACCUGAAGAAACUAGAUAUUUACCAAAUAUUCUAACUAAAAAUGCUAAACGAGAUCAAAAUACUGCCGGAAGAAACAUAAAGAAAUCAAAAGUCAAGCAUAAAAACAUUAAACGUUUUGCCUCGAAGACGUCGAAUAGAGAAGAAAGUAGCUGUCAGUUUGAUGCCAGUGUUCUUGAGGCCUUGCCAGAGUGUAUCAGAGACGAGCUCCAUUUAGCUUAUCAACAACAAAGGAAACAUGAUGAAAAAGCGGAGAAAAAGAACGGCAAAUUAACAAAGAAUGAUGCGGCUAUAUUCGUAUGUACUGAGCCAAAAGACGACACGAUUAAUACACCAAUUUUGCUAACAACGAAAGUGAAGCUUGCUGGUGCUGAGUCUCUCUCAGACGUUAAGAAAAUGUUAAAGCUGUGGACGAAUGAUGCAAAAGAUCCGUUAGAGGAAGAUUUGAGUGUAUUUGUGGAGUAUUUGCGUAAUCUUAUCGCUGAAAAAGAUCUAGAGAGAACGUGGCUAGUCUUAAAAUUUUAUCGCAGAUUGAUGAUUACGAAAAAAGCGUGGCAGGCUUCGUUUAAUAGAGGAUUAGAUAAUAUUCAGAAUAUUUUGAAAGAAACUUAUGAUGGACAUUUAGCAAUUAAUUAUUUUAUGUAAAUAUUUUAAAGUCUAAAGACGAUAUACGCAUCUUGUAUGAAGAUGUAUAAAUAUGAUUGUAUUUUGAACCCUCGAAAUGUUUAUUCAGUUUGGACCAGCGUAUAUAUAUAGUAUAUUGAUGUGGAAAUUGCAAAUAUUUUGAACACACGCUUAGCCUACACAUGUUGGGGCAUAUCGUAAUAUCAUUUGCCAAGCGCAUUAAUCACUAAUCAGAUUUUAAAAACAAGAAUAAAUAAAUUAGUGGAAAAAAUCCUUGAACUUCGUCGUCGCGGUUGACACUCCUGUGGUUUGCAUGUCU